AAAGCUGGAUUUGGUAAAAACAAAGUCAUAAAUCAAAACCAAUUUGUGCUACAAUUUAACUGACAUUUCGCUGUCUCUCAGCUCUGAUCGGUUUUGCAAAUAGAUAAGUGUCAACAAAAUAUUUACAAGGAUGCCAAAAAAGGAGACAAAAAUCCUUCGAUUGACUGCCAACCAAAAAAAAAAAUCGAAUCACGGAAAUCAAAGCUUUGAGAACAUUGAGCUGAAAGUCAAUUUGGGGCACAUACAAACAUGCAAGUACAGGGAAAAUGAGAAAAUGGCGAAAAUUCAAGAGAGAAAUGGUGAAAACUUUGCUAGAACGAAUACGACUACGAGUACCAUACAAAAUUUAAUGGUCCGCAAAUUUUGAUUGUUUUACUUUGAGAAUGGAAGUUUCCUUCCUCCCUUAUUGUUUUCCAUUUUUUUUUUGUUCUUUUCCCAUUUUUUUUUUUUUUUUUGCAUUCGCUAUUUAUUUAUUUCGCCUAGCUUUGAAUUCGUUUUCCCGCAUUUUAUGCAUAUUUCAGAUUCAAAUAUUUUUCCUACGCAAUUUGCUUUGACUGGUCCCUCGCGUAUUUGUUUAGCUGCGGGCUCUCAUCUAUAUAUAUACACACAUACUUUCAGUUAGAACAUUUAGAAUAUAUUCUCUCAUCUCACCCAGAAAAUAAUGUCGAAACUGGGGUAUGUUUUGCUUUGCCCUUCAGGUGCUUUUGUUUUCAUUCUUUUCUCAUUUUUGUCCAUUGAAAAGCCAGCGGAAAGUUGUCGUCAAUGUAAUUUGAUUCCCACUCCAUGGCGGCCUGUUCCACAUGCCACACAGGGCUUCCUUUUCCCGUCUCUAUGAUUACGCAUACGCUCCGUUGGACAAAAAGCAAAUUGUAAUUAGACAACAGGGGCCGAAUGGCUCAUGCGUGCGGACAACAAUGAACGGAAGUUGUUCCCAGAAUCAGUUCUUGCUACAUCUUGCUGUUGUGUCCAACCGAAGGCAGCACACAACUGUCCUGGCUUUGAUACUAAUGAAAAGAUACAAUUGACAUAGAAAAAGGUUUCUGAGAACAGGACAGGAACUUUAUUAUCGUUUUCUUUUCAUAGGGUAUCUUUUCUUAUCAAAUACCAUUUACCUUCCUUAAAACAUAUACGUUGUAUGAGGUAAGUAAAUCUUAAAAGUUAUAACUACGAAUCAACAUCUUAGGAGCUCUGUUAAAGAGUCACAGAGUUCACGUCACAUUGAAUCAUCACUCAAAAAGCUGUAAGUCUUUCGUGUCUAAAAUCCCAGUAAAUUUGUAUUUAUUUUAUUUUCAUUCGGUAGAUUUUUCAGCUCAGACAAUGUUGCACGGACAAAUGGAUGGAUGCGAUGCAGAAGUGCUGAGUGACGAAACUGCAGCUGCAGCUGACAAAAUGCAAUCGGACCUGAAAAGCAAGUGUCCCGUGCUGCAUUCCCAGGCGACCGAAGUAAGUUCUACUUCGCCAGAUGUCCAAACUGGGGACUUUAUCAAGCAAUUAGAUGUUGCAAGUUCCCUGGCAACCGGUGGGUUUGAGUCUUUUAAGGUGGACUGCAGCCUACCAAGCUUACGGCUGAAUACUCUUUUGUCUCCUUUCAAAUUUAUCGAUCAAAUGCGUAAGCAGAGUGAGAUAAAGGACUUUUUAGACUUCCAGUGUGAUGCUGGUUUCUGUGGUUCAAAAACAGAGAUUUUGGAAAAGAGCAAAAUGACAAAGCCUUACUUUAUUCCUGAAUUGGAGAUGGCUUGUGCUGGUGCCCUAGCCGAAAAAGUAAAAGAGGUAAAUCCACCUGAGAUUGAAUGUCUGACUGUGCCAGAGAUGGAUCUUCCAGAAAUUCAAACCAUAAAGGAACCAACUUUAGCGGGAAUCAAAGAGGAACCCUUGCCUUUUAUUGAAGAAGCAAACUUCUCAAGGUUAGAAGAUCUAAAUUUGCCAGGGAUAGAAAAAAUACAGGAAUCUAAAACGGAAGUACCUAUGCCGCAAGAGAUCGAAAAACUAAGGGAAUCUAUAAACAAAAAUCAUAACUUCCAACCAAAAUUGAUCCUUCAAUCAAAAUCAUCUGGGAUUCUAGUUCCAAAAACUUUUCAGCUCGAUGAACUUAUUGCGCCGUUAGUAGAAAAAACCAAGGCAGUAACUAAAAUUGGUAUUAUUAGUUCCUUGGUAGGAAAUAAGUUAGCUUUGGCUCCAAAUAUCAGACUUUCAUUUGGUGAUAAAGCAAUGAGGGAGACUAACAUGAAAGGAGGGCAAUCCAAGGAGAUUAUUCAACAGGAAGCCUCUCGGGCCUUAAGGGCUCUCAUUUUUAGAUUAAAUGUGCUCAAAAAUAUUCAAGCAGCUGCAAAUUAUAAUUCUCAAAAGAGCAGAGCGUACCGAUUUGAAAAGAUCAAGAACUCAUUAACUUUUUCCAGAGUCUUUAGGCAGAAUAUUUUCCACCUUACUUCGGAUAAUGCUAACAGCAAAAAGAUAAUCGAAGAAAAUUCGCUAGGCUGCGGUGAACCCAUGAUUAGAAGUCCAAGGGAAUAUAAGAAACCGAUUCCUGUACAAUACCGACCGGAUGCCAGCGAAAGAUUGACUUGUAACGGCUUGAAUGUGAGCAAGGAUUCAGUUUUUAGCGAAGUUUCCGAAAGCGAUGACUCGGAAGUCGAGGAUAGGUUAUGCGUGACCCAAUCCUGUCGAGAUUUUUAUAGCUUGCAUAGAUCAACUGCCGAUCUGAAGGACAUUCUGAGUAGUGGAAGGAUAUUGUUCAGCCAGCACGUGAGGGUUUUCUGUUUCAACAAGUUGAAGGAGUGGAAACGGCAAGGUAAAGUACCAGGUCGCCAUGACAACCCUUACCGUUCUCCCUCCUUCUCAGGCGAGGGUCAAAUUGAAAUCUUGGAAUACCAAGGAUCGUUUUACAUUGUACUCCAUGACAGGGUCACCGGAGAACUGGUCAUCUACAUGCGGGUGAAUGAAAAAUGGCGCAUUGAUUACAUGACCAAGACUUCCUACAGCUGCCGAUGGACUAACAUCAAUUACGCCUCCUGCCGCGAAGGUAUCCUGGAGAGGAUUGCCUGCUCCUUCCGGGAACCUAGCCACGCUGCCGAAUUCGUAGCCCGGAUCCGGAACAGUGCCAUCCAAUCCCGUUUCGAAUUGUGUUCUUAAUUUGCAAUGAUUUCAUUUCCAGCGUUUUAGUUGAUUUCCCAGUAAAAUCUGCGUUUGGGGCCUAGUUGCAAGCUGACGAUAAAUUAUUGUGGAAUAUUUAAAUAUAUAUUUUGUAAAUAAUAUUGUUUAGGAAUUAAAAAUUGUAGAGAAAUAAUCUCAAG